AUGUUUCCAGGAAUGGGACCGGGGAUUUCAACCCACAUCAAAGGCGUGGGUCAAUUGAUGAAAGCUCAUGGACCUAAUCAUUAUCAGGCCGGGUUGCUGCACAAGCUCUUCGUAGGGUUCCGACCUCUCCUGGUCAUCGACGCAUUCCGCUUUCGCGAGCCAACCUUUCUUGCUGAGAAGCAAUGGACAUCUAUACCCUUUGCAUUUUCUAACACAUCGCUCAUGCAGGACUUUUUGAGCGAAGUUGCAAUAAUCCCGAAUUACUUGCACGCGGUUGACCAACUCAUGGUCAACCCAGGCGACGGCUCAGCUGAGAAUGCCACCGAAGUCUGCUUCGCUUUUGUGGAGUGGGUCAAUCGACUCGAGCAAUGGGAGCAAAUGGUGGAGCGCGAAGAAGGGGGCACAUACGAGAAAUCGUCCGAAGGAGAACAAGCAGCACAGCUGAUUGAUCCGGGCAUCACAGGCCACACUCUCUGGUUUCCAAGCGUUACCAUAGCGAAUGUGUUGACCCACCUCUGGGCUAUUCAUAUCGUUUGUCUCAAGGAGAUUGACAAGCUCAGGGCGACUUUCAGCAGUAAUGUGGAGCCUUGUAUACCCGCAAAGUUCUGCAGUGUGGAAUACCAGCAAACCCAAGUUCUCACUCUCUCGAAGCGGAUCUGCCACAGUAUGGAGUACCUGCUGCAGGAUGAACUGAAACUUUUCGGACCGGCUUCCACUGCUUUCCCUCUCAAGGUGGCUCAUGACUCAUUCAGAGAGUGUGGGACGACUCAGGAGGGCUAUAUCAAGUUCGUUAACUCCAUAGUCAGUCGACUUGACGCGAAGGGACUGCGCGCGAUGCCUGCUACAAUCUACGGUCCAUGA